AUGAUCAAACGUAAAGAUGUCAUUUAUUUAUUGAAAUAUACAAAUGGUGUAGUAAUUGACACAGAGAAAGAAUGCUAUAUGAGGAUGUUAUUUAAUUGGGACAUAGAGCAUCUUUGUGUUGUUUUUUCAUGGUGGCGUAUAAACUCAAUACUAGGUCUUGUUGUAUCAUGUGGGAUUGUUAUUUUAAUUGGUAUGUUUUAUGAAUAUAUAAGAUAUUUAUCAAAAAAUUAUGACAAGAAAUUGUAUCAAGGAGGAUAUCGUUCAGUAGUAGCUGAGGAUGAUAAUUUAGUUGCGUUAAAUGAAGAGGAGGAACCUAGAAACAAAGCUCCUAUAAAUUCAAACAGUACAAGGUAA